AUGCCAAAUGAACCGUGGCAUGGAGGCGAACUGCAGUGUGACGCUGUUAGAUUUGGUGUCAUAAUAUCUCGACUCGACCGUGUCGGCUUGCCCACUCUUGUUCGCUUGUCACGCAAACUCUACGAGAUCGACCAGCGAAACAAGUCGGAAACAGUCCCGCUCAAUUCUCCGCCUCACUGGAGCUCGCCCCUGAUUCGAAUGCGCAUCCAGACUCCCGAGGCCAAGCCACGCCGUGGUAUCAAUGCACGCAAAAUGCAAUACGCGGCUAUGGGCUGGUGGCGGAGAAUGAGGAACAAGUUCAAGAACAGGAGCUCCAAGAAGAGCGCCCGGCCGACCAGGUUCGCGGGCCACGGGAGCCCCUUCGACGACGUCCCGCGCGUGUCGACCGCGACGUCGCCGCCGAGGACGCCGCCCAAGCAGGCGCUGUUCGAGGAGGACACCAUCUCGCUCUUCCGCCCGUCCAUGAUGUCCGACCGCUCGGGCCCGAACCCGCACCUGAUCUUCGACAGGACGCGCGGGUACUAG